AAGAGGCCAGCCGCAUGAAGAGCAUGCUGCCCCAGAAGAGCCCUGUCUCGCCCCUGGCCUACAGCACAGGUAACACACACACACACACACACACACUCGGCCCUACCCUCUUUCACCUCUGACUUCCCCUUGACCCCAGUCCUCUCUUCUCCUUUGUUCCCCCUCUAUAGAUCCCAUAUCAGCCCCUAGUCCCACAGUUCUCAUAUCACUUCCUCUCUCCCACUGUGUUAGGGUACAGUUACUGGUGGACCCCACCACGACAGGUGUGCGUGAUUGAGACGUGGUCACGUGUAACUACUUUAUUGAGGAAAAAUUUACUUGUUAUGACUCUGAUAUGUGGUUGUCUCACCUAGCUAUCUUAAGAUGACUGAACUAACUGUGAAUCCCUCUGGAUAGAGGGGACUUAGCGACUGCUAAAUUACUAAAAUGUAAAUGUGAAAUAAAGCAUUCUUAGGUCCUUAAUGUGUAUGCAGAUAUCUUCAUAGAUAUGUUUUUGCUGAGGCAGAGGGUCUUUGACGAGUCACAGGUUUAGAAACACAGACACACACAACUUAAACACACUUCUCAAGACGGGUGGAAUGUUUUUCACAUCUGGCGAUAACUGUCAUCGUGGUGAUGCAGCUGUAUUCCGCUGUAACCGUGGUGAUUGAUCUCUGCAUUUGAACAUGGUGUGUGUGUCUGCUGUAUAUCAGCGCUGCUCGCUCACUGUCUCUGCAGCUAGACAGCAGGAAUGUACACACACAAAUAUACAUCUGUAUAGGGGUCUCUCACUCACACACACUGAACACAAUUGUAUAGCGAGCAGCCAUGAGCUUUUAGGGUUAAUAGUUUCGUAAAGAUCAGAGUGAGCUGAUAUGAGCCAGACCUUAAAGGAAAAUCUGUCCAUAUAUGGAGCCCAGCGUGUGUAUGUGUGUGUGUGUGUGUGUUUCUGACAGCGUCUCGAGACCUUAAUGUCUUCUGCUUUCUGUCCCAUUUCUCCCCCUCCUUACAAGGCUGAGGUUAAACCUUUCACACUAGGACCCCUCGCUCACACACUCCUACACACACUGUCAUGUGUACACACACAGGACAUGCACAGAAUACACACUGUCAUGUACACACUCUUCUAGGUAAACACACUUCGACAUGUGGACACAGUAGCCACACACAUGUCCGUCUACAUUUAGUGAUUCUAUGUGUGUUUUGGAGGUUGUGUGUGUGUGUGUGUUAUUGUCUUGACAGUAUGUAAAGAGUGGUCCCAUUACUCAGGGGAAAAAUGGCUAACCUUCUUGUCUCCUUUUUGUUUAGCUCAUUGAUGAGUAAAAUAACUAGGUUUCCUCUCCACUGCUUUCACCUACAGAGGAUUUUCAGAUCAGUGAUGAUAAAGGGGGGAUUGAAGAAAUUCCUGACCACUGAGAGGUUUUCUAUUUCCCCAAAAAAACAAUUCCCCAGGAAGUUGGUUGCUCUGCUACAUUUAGAGACCGGAACUACCGUGUGUGUUAGUUUUAGAUCUGAGAAUAGGUGGGUGCGUGUGAGUGCGUUUUUGUGUCUGUGUGUGUUGGCUCUCGGGCCCUCUGUGUGUUAUGGGCCAUUUGCUGGCAGUUCUCUGUUGUUUGUGUUAUGAGUGUCCUGCCAAGCCCAGCUAGGAAUAGACUUAGCUGCAGGUACAACCACCGUAUAACUUUCUCCUUUACUCUCAGACCAAAAGCACACAUGGGAAGGCAUGACCCACGUAUACAUAGAACUGUUGGCAGAACAAUAAUAACACCCUCAGACCUAUAGGCUUCAACAGACUAAACAGAUAAUGGACAGAGAGCUAAUGUAAAUAAUGUUUUUUUACUGUUCACUUAGUGGUGAAGAUGGACACUGUUUAAAUAACAUGUCUUAUGUGUAUUUACUUUUGCUUUCUCCUCUCCUGUAUCAACUGUUGCAUUGUCAAGAAGGAACCUGCAAGUAAGCAUUUCGUUGGACGGUGUAUACCAUGUGUAUCUUGUACAUACAACUAAUACAACUUGAACUUGAACUCCUCUCCCUCCCCAUCUCCUCCCUCCCUCCCCAUCUCCUCCCUCCCUCCCCAGACUAUCUGAAGUUCAGUAGUGACUACAGUCAUGGGGUGGUGGGAGGGGCCGGCAGUGCAAGAGGGAUGCGUUCUGCCUCAGAGCUCCGUGAUUUGAUGGACACCUUACAACGAAAGAAGAUUGCCCUGGAGACCAGCCUGAGAGCCAAUGGUGACUCUAGCCCCUCCUACUUCAGUAUGACACAGGUAUGACAGCUGUAGCUCUGAACGAACCCCAGCAGGACUGAGGCAUGCGCUAGAUGGACAUGGUUUUACACUUCUAAUGUAUUUUCUCUCACACUCUCCCAGUCUCCGCCCACCACGCCUGUGACCUCACCCACCUCGAUGUUGUCAGCCUAUCAAGAGCAGGCUAGGCGUUUCUACGGCUCUGAUCGCCCGCCCCUCUCCGGCAAAGCCGCCGCCCCUCCCUCCCCCUCUCGGCGCUCCGACCCCCCUUCCUCCCGAUCCUCCAUGACCCGGAACCAAUCCUACCAAUCACAGGACAGCCUGCUGGUGUCCUCUGGCGACGGGCGACGCCAACUAAACCCAAACUCCUCCCCCCUGUUGUCGAUGUGGAACGGUGGAGGUUCCUCUAACUCGGUGGCCGGUGGUGAGAGCCUCUCCUCUCCUCCUCCAUCCUCAUCCCUCUCUCCAUCCAGUGGAGCGGCCAGCGUGCCCUCCAGCCCCCGCCUGGGACGCCGAAGUCACGGCAACCAUGAGUCGACGCCUAGCAACCGUACCAGGAAGUACUCUGCAGGAUCGAUAGGCAGCAUGAUGGGAAGUCACAGCCUCUCUCUGCCCCGCCUCUGCCCGUCAUCGUCUCCACGUUCCCAUGACAAUGGAGCCCUGGCGCUCUCUACCCUCCCCCCGACCUCGCGGCGCUCUGAACCGCUACGCAACUCCUCUCACAACAAUAGCCAAAACCACACCACAAACAGUAACUACAACCAUAACCAAACCACUAACUUUAACUACAGCCAGGCACAAAACAUGAACCACAAGGGGAACCAAGGCGAGGGGGUGGUAUCCAUCUCCCUCUCCUCCCCAAAGUCUCCCACCCAGGCCCCUCCAGACGUGACUGUCCCGUUCCGAUCAGGGGGCUCCUCCAGCCCCCGCGUGGCCAAGAAACUCAGCCUCACCUCCACCAGCUCCACAUCCAGCCUCCAGGAGCCAGAGUGGCCAGCCAGCUGCGGAGUCUCCCCAGGACCAGAGCUUUUUUUCGCGGAGAGGGAGCACAGGGGUGGCAGCCUGGAGCCUGGUCUAGGGUUAGGGGAACGGAGACAGUCUUUUGGGAAGGGAGGUAUAGAGCCAGGUUUAGGGUUAGGGGAACGGAGACAGUCUUUUGGGAAGGGAGGUAUAGAGCCAGGUUUAGGGUUAGGGGAACGGAGACAGUCUUUUGGGAAGGGAGGUAUAGAGCCAGGUUUAGGGUUAGGGGAACGAAGGCAGUCAUUUGGGAAAGGAGGGGUGGGGCUGGGGGCGGGGGUGACCCCACCGGGGGGGUUCAGGGCGAGGAGUGGCAGUAUCAGCUCCCUGAGUGGGAAAGAAGAACUGACUGACUACCAUCAUCGCCAGAGAGAUGAAAGACUACGAGAACAGGAGGUGGAGAGACUGGUGAGUAGUGUGUGUCUUUGUGUGUGUGUCUUUUUUAAAAUAUCUGAAUGAAAUAGCAAUGCUAUGAGGAACAGGAUAGCAUCUACCUCCUUAACACACUUCGGGAGCUGCACUGUUGGGGCGUACACACACAGAUGAAUAUGCACGUACACGCACAUAUGUUCGCUCAGGGUUCAAGUUCAGUACUAAGGCAGAUGCCUCUGGCUGCUAGCCUAUGUUAACAUGCUUAGCUAUUCUUACUCCUCCACUGGGUUGGGUCCGGUUUAGAGGAAAACACUGGCUUUUUUGGGCCCUCUGUGGUUCUGUGUGUGUGGUUCCGUAAGUGGGGCCAUCUGGAGUUCCGCCCAGUUGGUUGGUUUGGAUCGUUUGGAACCCAUAACAGAACCGUCAGACGUGGGCUAGAACCAGAUUUAGGGCAGGUGGAUACACUCUCUCUCUCUCUCUCUCGCUCUCUCUUCUUCUGUCACACACAAAGUAAACAGCGCUAAGUCCAAAAUAAAGUUGUGCAGCCACAUAACUACACCGGUGGCUUUCAUACAGGUGUUGGGCAACAUAAACGUCCUUUGAGGUGUGCUGAAUAUUCCCAGAGGAUCAUUUCUGAAAUUAUUUUCCCUAGCAACGUAAAUGCUGCCUUCAUGGGAGAACACACAAAGAUGUCGGAAACACACAUCUAUGCACCAAUCACUGAACAGAAUUAGGCUUUAUCUCAAUAGUGUAAAAUAGCUUCCUCUCCUUCAUCUUCGCUAUUGUAGACUAUUGAGAUACAUCUCCUCUGUAUGCUAACUGUCCCACUGGUGGAUCCACUCUGCCCUCUAGGGGUGGGACAGGAGAACUUCACUACUACUCUGUCCCUGAUUUCACUAUUGGGACUUUCUCCCUCCAGCUGCAGAGAGAGAGAUAGAGAGAGAGAGAGAGAGAGAGAGAGAGAGAGAGAGAGAGAGAGAGGAAUAUAGAACGAUAUAAGAGAAGAGAUGCGAGAUAGUAGAGCGAGGAGAGAGAUAGCGACGAGAUCUCUCCGCUCAGCGCUCUCUCUCUUCUCGCGCUCUCGCUCUCUCGUCACUCAUCUCGCGCUCUCUCUCGGCUCUCUCUCUCUAGCCUCGUCUCCUCUCUCUCGCUCGCGCGCUUCUCGCUCUCUCUCUUCUCGGCUUCUCGCCUCUCUCUCCCAACUCUCGCUCGCUCUCCGCCUCUCUCUCUCUCUCCUCUCUCUCUCUUCUCGCCGCGCGCCCUCUCUUCUACUCCUCGUCUCUCUUCUUUCUCUCUCUACUCUCUCUGUACUCUUCUCUCUUUUCGCUCUCUCUCUCUCCUCCCUCUCGUCGCCUCUCGCUUCUCUCCUCUCGUCGCGCUCGUAUCGAUUUCCCUUUUUUCCUUAUCCCUCUUUUCCCUCCUCUUCCUUGAAAUGUCUUUAUUCUUUUGGAACUUUUUUGAGUGUAAUGUUUACUGUAAAAAAACUAAACAUCACUUUUGUUUAUUAUCUAUUUCACUUGCUUUGGCAAUGUAAACAUAUGUUUCCCAUGCCAAUAAAGCCCUUAAAUUGAAUUGAGAGGGGUGGGAAGAGACAGGGAAGGGGGAGAGAGAAAAUGGAGGAGGGCAGAGGGGGAGAUUGUGAAUGGGGAUGGGAGGGAGGGAGGGAGGGAGGGAGGGAGGGAGGGCAAGAUGGGGAGAAAGAGUGAGAGGGUGUAGAUCAGGAGAAAGGGAUGGUGAGAGGAGAGGAAGGAUUACAUUUCCAUAUUUCUAUAUCAGUAUAUCCUCUCCUCUCCUGUGGGUGCCAGGGCUGUUUGUGAUCAGAUCAGGUUACACCCAGAGCCAGUUGCUGUUAUUAACGGUACUCCUUCACCUCCUUUUGUGUAGCAGGUCUACAGGGGUUUGUCUCCAUUAGGACUGAAUCAGGUGUCAAAUUGACAGAGUAUUGCUUUACUCUGCUACUUGUUGACUGACUGUUGUUUAGUAUUGGCCUCUGUUUGUGUGUGUGUGUAGGUGUGUAUGCAUGUGGGAUGUAUUUCUAGUCUCUCUCCUGUGUGCGUGCGUGUUUGGGAUAUAUUUCCAAAGUUGUAUGUAGUAUGUUGGGCUUUUCCGGUUGGAGAUUCUGAUUCAGAGCCAAUAACAUUCACAGGAAAGCCUCCUGCCACCUCUUCUCUCUCACACUCACACACACGCAUGCUCUCUCACCCUCUCUUCCGCUCUCUCUCUCACUGUAUCUGAUAGCAGUCACUCAGUUCUCGGGGCGAUGUGGUUUCUAGUUUCUCUCACCUGCAGCAGUGCAUUGCAGAUAGCAGCCCACUGUCUUAGUGCAUUUCUAUAGCUAGUUCAGUAGCACAGCGCUAGUAGUUAGUUAGUAAAUUAGUAGUUAGUUAGUUAGUUAGUUAGUUAGCUAUAGGUUUAGUUUGUGUUAUUGUGGGCUGUUGUUAUUCUCUAUGAGGGAAAUAUAAGGGCUAUGAGAAAAUUCUGUUUCCUCUAUGAAGAUCUGUGAGUGUGUGAGGAGUAAUGCUCCUAACGGCAGCCAUGCUUCCACAGGUAAUAUCUGUGUAUUUGGCUCUCAGUUGGACAUAGAUAAGCAUACAUGUUUUUGCUUUCUUUGCUGUGUGUGUGUGUCUCUGUACAUAUAUUUCAAAGUGUGUCUGUGUGUGUAACUCUAAGUACGUAUUUGUAUGGGCUUCUAACUGUGUGUGUGUGUGUUGUAGGAACGCCAGCGGCUGGAAACCAUUCUGUCUCUGUGUUCAGAGCUGGGUCGAUCGGAGCAGGACAAGGAGAGGGGUGUUGGUUCUAGUGUCGGUACCAGUGCUGGUCUAGCCGACCUUCAGAAGAUCAACCGGGAACUAGAGAAACUCCAGGUCUCUGACGACGAUGAGUCAGAAUCCGUCUUCUCCGACUCAACCGUUAACGGAAAUGGGGCCGGUAGCGACUCGGAGAACGGUUACUACGGUAACGACGAGGAGCGUCCGGUCCGACAGCGACGGAGCAGCGGCCACCGUGACAACCGGGCGGAAUCGCCGGCCAUCAGUCUACGAAGCUCUGCCACCUCGCCCACCGUGCGCCUGCCGAGGACCAAUCAGGUGAGAGUUCUUCACUUUCUCUCUCUCUCUUUUACUUUCUCUCUCUCUCUCUUUCUCCCCUUUUUUAUUUGAUCUCUUGUUCCCUUUCUCCUGUACUUCUUUCAGCCAACCUCCCUGUGUCUCUCUCACAUACACACACACAGAGAUACAUACGGUGCUACUGCUGUCCUUCCUCUGAGUAAAGCUUAAUUAAGCCUUGUUAAAUGAUUGACAGGAGGCAGAGUGUUUAUCACCUGGCAACCUGUUAACGAGACCUCUGGUCAGGCAAUCCUUACACAGGCCUAAUCAAGCUUAAUAACAGCCUAUGAAGCUUUAUGCAGCUCAAUGUAGCUUCUCAUGACUAAAUGAGAGUUAAAGGAGAGAGAGGAGAGUGGUAGAGCGAGAGGUAGAGAGAAAGAGAGCUCCCCUCUCACUGUAAACAGAAGAAAACACACACUAGCCCUGGCCAUGUUUCAACCCCUCCUUGUACAUUCCUUAGUUCUGAUGUGGAAACUCCUCUGAAAUCUGACUUACUUUACCAUUUAAGGUCCACAUACUGUAUUUUCCCUACUCUCAAAAAUGUAUUCUCUUCUUAAACCUCCACAGCGACCUAUUGUUUUAGAGGUCAGGGUUGUUUGCUGUGGUGAAUUAGUCUUCUAUUUAACUGUGUGAGAACCCGGAGGGCUGGAUACUGUAAAGCUGGGUUGCUGUUAGAGGAGGUCAAACACAUGAGAUAUUUACAGUCUGGUUAUUAGAUUAGAGAGUGCUAAGGAUAGCAAUCUAAGGUGGGCAGCUGGCGUGUGUGUGUGUGUGUGUGUGUGUGUGUGUGUGUGUGUGUGUGUGUGGAUAGCAAAAUCAGUAUGAACAGCUGCAUAGUUUCUGGUGAGUAAUUGAAGUUACUCUAUAGAUAGCUUAAUUGGUUGGAUUUAGCUAUCAUGUUAACACCUAGAACUUUUCUAUAAACCAUAGUGUUUUUCACCCCUCAUUCUGGACGACCUGUAGCUUUUGUUCCAGCCCUGCACUAACACACAUGAUUCAACUAAUCAUCAAGAUGUAGAUAAACGGAAUUGGGUUGGUUAGUUCUUGGCUGGAAACACACUCACUCCCUGUAGCUCUCCAGGACCAGUGAAUAAAGAACAUAGCAUAGAUUCCAUUGUGAGAGUGUGUUGUCAUCUUUAGGCGCCGGUGGAGGAGGGCCAGCGGAGGCAGGAAGUGACCCGUGUGGAGGAGGAGAGGAUCCAGGUGCUGAACAACAUGGAGGAGCUAGAACAGAAGAUCAAAGAACUGGACAACCAGAUGGACGAGUCUCUCAGAGAGGUAGAGGAAGGCAGGGAGGGGGGGAGGGAGAUGGGAGAGGGGGAGGGAGAUGUAGGGAGGGAGAAGGAGGUAAAAGAGGUAGAGAUAGAUAAAGCCUAACUCCCUCUUUCUCUCCAUCCAGGUGGAGGUGGAGCGCGCCCUGGUGGAGGCGGAGCAGCAGGCGGAGCUAGCAGCCCUGCAGCAGGAGAGAGAUGCUCUGGAGACACUCAACACCAAGAUGUCCGACAUGGAACAACAGGCACAGAACCAGAAGACUCCGGUAAUACCACUGUGUAAUAACACGGGGUCAACUGGGAUCAACUCAACAUGAGGGAGGGAGAGAGAAUGAGUGAGAAUAAAAAUGUUUGUGUGUGCGUUUGUGCUGCUACAUGGAGUUUGUGAGAGUAUGUGGUGUCAUAAGCACUGUGUGCAAAUGUAAUGUGAGCAUGCUGCAGUAUGUAUUCUGUAGCCACACCCAACGAUACAUUGAUUGACAUGUGACUAGCUGACUUGGUAUGUGUAAAUCCUUGUCAUGCUGUCUCCGGUCCAAAUAUACAGCCGUUAAUACACAACCGGGUAUAGCGGUCACUACCCUAGCCUAUCACACACACAGGGGGAGUGUGUGUGUUAUAGUGAGGUUCUACUAAAAGAUUGAUUACAGGGGAAUGAAGUGGGGUAGGGGAAUGAAGUGGGGUUGGAUGGAUAGGAGGAAGUAUGUCUGUGUGUUGGCACCCUGUUCUCCUCUGGGUCGUGUUCAGGCCUGCUUCCGGAGAGUUCCAUUAGAGAGAGAGAGAGACUCUUCCCCUUAACAAUUUUGGUGAUUGCAGAUCUGAUGAAAGGAAGACAGAUAAGGACCAGUUGAGAGAAAGAAAAAAAUAAAGUUGUCUAGUUUCACACAUACUGUUUCUAGUCAGUUAGCCAGUUUCUGCUGUGUCUGGGCAGCUUGAACGUCUUGGACUAUUGGUGGUCUGUGUGGAAGACCCCUUUCCCUCUCACAAUAACUCUCAUCAUCCCCAACCCACCGCUGUGUCAGUCCUCCCCCCUCCCUGCCCUCUAGUUCAUUCUGCUUUCCUGACCACUGUAACACUGUAGUAACUAACUGCCUCCCUACUCUCACUAACGCUACCAUCCUCUCUCCCUCUCUGUCCUGUGUCUGCUUGUCAUUCCUGUGUGUGUGUGUGUGUACCUCUGCGUACAUAUGCACGUGUGUGUGUGAGCGUGCUUGUAUGCUUGUCGUCCAUCCGUCUGUGUGUGUGUGUGUCCAUGUAUGUGUGUAUGUGCUUGCGCGUAUGCUUGUUGUGUGUGUGUGUGUGUGUGCCAGGUGUGUGUGUCGCUGCAGGCUGAGAGGGAUAGGGUAGAGCAGCUGUCUCAGAGUGUGUGUGAGCUGCGCUCCCAGCUCCACUGCUGUCCUGAGGCCAUGAAGGAGCCCCUACAGGAGCAGCUCGCCAGGGUCAGUACACACACACACUUCCUGCUAAAAUAAACCACUUCCUGUGACACACACCUUCCCCACCUGUUCACUCCUCUUCCUCCUUCCCCCUAUCAUUUGUCUGCAGGAGGGUCUCUCUUCCUGUCUCGCUCUUCCUCCUUACCUCUCCUCCUGUCUGUCAGUUUCAGUAUGUCACAUCAUGUCCUUCAGAAAGCGCCACACUCUCAGCCUGCUCAUUGGGGUAGUAGCUGUUUUUUGAUGAGGAAGCAUGGUUGUAUGGUAUGUUUGGCAAGAGCAUGCCUUGGUAUGGGUGUGUGUGUGUGUGUUUGUUUGUGCGUGUGUGACUGAAUGCUCUCUCCCUCAUGCAGAAAAUAGUGAUUAAACAUUGAACACUUGCGGACAGCCAAAAUGUUACAACACAAUCUGAGAAAAACGUGCGUGUGUGUCAGGACUCUGAGGUACUGGAGGCUGAGACGAAGCGUUUUGAGGACCUGGAGUUUCAGCAGCUGGAGAGAGAGAGUCGUCAUGAUGAGGAGGAGGAGACAAACACACAGCACCUCCUCAGAGAGAUCGCUGACUACCAACGCAGCUCCGUCACACGCAAGGUACGCUGUGUGUGUUAGAGUACGUGUGUGUUUUGUGUGUGUGUGUGUGUUCAACUGUGUGUGUUCAACUGUGUGUGUUCCAAGGAGAGGCUGGUGGCCCUAAAAAAGCAGGCGGGCCAGAUUACCCAGCAGGCUCAGCGAGAGAAGGACAGCUUCCUGAAGGAGAGGACCAACCUGCAGAUGAUGCUGCAGAGGGUAUGUAUGCACAGUGUGUGUGUUUAUGUUUGUGAGUGUGUGUGUGUGUGUGUUUUGCGACAGUCGAUUGAUUUCAGUCCUAAUUGCUAUUAAAGUCUCUCUCUCUCUCUCUCUCUCAGGAGAAAGAUAACCUUGCCUCUCUGGAAAGGAUGUAUGCUGACCUCACAGGUGGGCAGGGCUUCCCUCUCAGCCCUAUCAGUCUCAAGGAGGUAUGUUUGACUUUUGCCUAGCAACCAUCUCCAUUCCCACCCAUGGUCCCCCUCGUCUCACUGUCUUCCUCCUCUCAUAUCUUCCUCUCCUUUCCUCCUUUCGUGUUUCCUAGGAUACGGCGUUGCUGGCUGACGUGUGUCGAUCUCCUAGCGACCAGUCCCGUGACCACGCCUCUUCCUCUCUUUCUUCUCUUAUCCUUCCUGCUGACCUGCUGGUCCUCUCCUCCCUCCUUUCCUCUCUUUCCAUAAAGAGCGCUGAGGUACUAUGUCCUCCCUCCAUCUAUCUCUCAUCCCUGCCCCCACCUCUCUCUCUCUCCAUCAUCCCUAGUCAUUUAAAGUAACUUUCCAGUGUUUCCAGAUUUCUAUUAAAUAUUACCUAUAAUUAAUGACAAAUAGUUACAAUUAAUUACCAAAAAUGGUAAUUGAGUAUGUUAAAAAUAAGCUUUUCGGUGUUGGAUUGGUGUGGACGUACCCUAACAACAGAAUGGUGUGGGUGUAUACCGGUAGACUGCUGAUAGGAUGACAUCAUCUUCUGAGGAAAUUGCAAGCAUUCUUUAAACUGUCUGUUUGAGAUACAAGUUUGAGGUGGAGUUUUUUAAGUGUUUUUUUCUCCAAUUUAUACUUUGGCCACAAAUACGAGCAUAGGACUAGUCAACAACACUAUUUGGGUAUGCGUUAACUGAAUUUAAAAAAUGAGAGUUUCACUGGACAGUUACUUUAAGCUAGUGUUUCUUAACCUUUUUAGAACAAGGGACCAAGAUUUUAUGGUUCAAAACUAUAACAUGAGAACUAAUGGAAUGAGUUGUGUUGUGUGAUGGACAGUUUCUGGUAGAUCCAGGAAUCUUGAGGUUGAGAAGCACUUUUUACAGGCCAUUUUAAAAACACCUCCUCCUCUUGUCUUCCAUUUAUACAGUGAUAAUAACACAUUGCACUGGUAACAAAUUGGCCUUUAAGGAUGUUCCUAUUGUUUAUCUUUAACCUUCUCUCUUAAUUAAUUGUCUAUGUGAAACUAAUGGAACAUGUUUAACAUGCAUAACAGUACAGCUCUGUCUCUGAUGCUGCAGUUUGUAACUGACCAAGCUAACAUGUUUUAACAUGGCUGAAUCUCCCUCUCUCUCUUUCUCCCUCUCUCUAUCUCUCAACCCCCCUCUUUCUUUAAUCUCUCUCUUUUAAUCUCCCCCUCUUUCCCCUUAUCUUUCACCAUUGCUUCUGCUUCUCUCUCGCCUCUUCAUCUCUACCCACUUCUUCUCUCCCACAUUUUCCCUCAUGAUAUGUUCCAGGGCUAUGUAACAGUCAGUGAGAUCAAUGAACUUUACUCCCAGCUGGGGGGGAACCCUAGUCCCGCCCCUGCCCCUGUUCUGGCCAAACCCUCCCCUGAUUCUGAGCCUAGCCCCUCCCGUGACGACAGCGCCCCAAAACCAGCGGAGGACGAGGUGUGUGUAAGGGGCCUGUGUGUGUGUGUCUGAGUGCAUUCAGUUGGUCAGUAGGUGUGUGUGUGUGUGUGUGUGUGUGUGUGUGUGUGUCUGAGUGAGGGUAGUGUGUGCUGCUUGUGUGGAGGAGGAUAACUGUUGUCCGCUGUACUCUCUCUUCUUCUUUAAGCUCUGUCGCUCCUCCUCUCCUGUCGACUGUCCUUCUUCCUCCUCCUCUUCCUCACGACCCCUAUUGCCCCGCCGCCCCCCUCUCACCAAAACCCCCUCGGUUCAUUGGCCGGAGGACAUGGUGACCUAUCGUGACCCCUCUCCCCUCCCUGACUCUCCUCCUCCUCUGCCUGUCAAAAAACACCGCCACAAUAGGCAGGUAAAGGCUGUGUGUUUUGUGUUUUGUGCUGUUGUGUGUGUGUGUGUGUGAUUCUGACUAUUGUGUGUGUGUUCAGCACUUCCGUUCGCUGGAGGAGAGAAAGAGGUUAGUGAAAGAAGGUGGGGCCCACCUGAGUGACACAUUACCCAGGAAGAAGACCACGUCCAUUGUCACCCCUCAGUUCAGCUGUGCUACACUAGGACGCAGCAUGCCUAACAAGGUACACACACACACACACACACACACACACACACACACACACACAAUCAAUCACCUUUAAUCUCUCUCUCUGGUCCUCCACAGUCCCAUCAGCCCCUGGUCCAGAGUUCUAGCUGUGGCAGUAUUCUACCCCGGGCCAUGUCUGUCUCCUCCAGUAGAGACGCAGAUAAACGCCGCCUGCACAAGGGUGAGGACACACACACACCCGCCACCCAUUACACCUCACACAUGUAUCAUACAUGUGAAAAUGAAGUAGUGAGAGGGGAGGGAAGAGGAGUUUGUCUAGGAGAGUUGUCUGUCACGCCACCAGUGACCCUCAGGAUAAGUUAGUCACACAGCUUACCUUAUAAGGCAAAGGUUUCAACCCAUAAGAUGUAUCAUCAGAUGUGUGUGUGUGAUUGGUGGAUAGAAGCAUGGUUUGUUUAUUUGUUUGUGGAGAUAGUUGAGGAGAGGCAGGAAAUGCUCUCUGCUGUUGUGAAGCAUCCGUGAAUAGGUCCUAGUAACCCAUUGGAUAACGUGUGUGUGCGCGUGUGUGUGUGUUGUGGUGAGAUUGAAGCAUGUCCCUUGGGCUGGGUGUGUCUCUGACCCUCUUUGGGUGAUGGUAUCAGGCUUCCUGUGUUUUUGUGUGUGUGUGUCUUUCCUGUACCCAACUGUAGUGUGAUACGUUAUUCCCUUCGUAGUGACAGUCAGGUUGGAGGUCCACUGGUUGUGGUUGUUAAUUUUGUUGUGGCUGGGCAAUUAUUUUUGGACUAUAUGGUUUUGGACAUUGUUAUUUGGACCUUUUGGUUGUGGUAACUUUUUUGCACCUUUAGUUUGCUGUGUUUUAACCGUGGCUGGUCAGUGUGAUCAGAGGGAGGGCCAUCGCUCUGUACCGUACGGUCAGACUGUGGUCCCUGAGGUGGGGAGUGGUCAUGGAGAACAGGGCUCAGUGCAGGGAGGGGCACAGACAGGUAACUCGAUGGUUUACACACAUCAAAUACACAUCAAACAUGCACAGCUUUCUCUCUCUCUCGCGCUCUGUUUUUUAAAUCUUUUUUAUCCUCUCUUUCUGGUCUCUGUUCUCUCGCUCUCUGACCCUGUGUGCUUUGGUAGUGGUUUCUCUCUCUCUGACUGUGUGGUCUUGUUGUGGUCCAGGUCAGCCGAGCUCUCGGGCCGCCUCCCAGUCCAACGUGUACCUGGACACCUACGGUUACCGUGAUAACGGCCAGGCAUACGACACCAUGAGCGUGGACAGCUCUGACUCAAUGGAGACCAGCAUCUCUGCCUGCUCCCCCGACAACGUCUCCUGGUAGAUGGCUGUGUGUGUGUGUGUGUGUGUGUGUGUGUGUGUGUGUGUGUGUUCAGAGGCUGAAUGUGCAUACCGAUCAUAUGAAGUCAGUUUUUCAUUUUCUAUAAUGUGAAACAUGGAGGGGGAGAGAGAGGGAAAGGGAGUGAGAUGAAUGUUCAUGCAUGUUGAAACGUUUGUGUGCAUUUGUGUAGAGCUAAUGUAAAAAGUGUGUUUGCAAACGGACCCAUAGCUCUCCCGCCAUUUAGGCUCCCUCCUCGGAGGGAUUUGGAGGUUAGGGGAGUCAGGUUACAAGCGGGGAUAGCUAUCGAGCGGAGGUAGAUUUGGGGUUCAGCCCCCCUUUGGGGUGAAAUCAUGUGUUCUGCAUGUAGAGCGCUCUCUCUCACUCUCUCUGUCUCUGUAUCUCCCUCUCCCUCUGUAUCUCUCUCUCGCUGUGUCUGUAUCUCUCUCUCUGUAUCUCCCUCUCCCUCUGUAUCUCUCUCUCUCUGUGUCUGUAUCUCUCUCUCUGUAUCUCCCUCUCCCUCUGUAUCUCUCUCUCGCUGUGUCUGUAUCUCUCUCUCUGUAUCUCCCUCUCCCUCUGUCUCUCACUCUCUCUGUCUCUGUAUCUCUCUCUCUGUAUCUCCCUCUCCCUCUGUAUCUCUCUCUCGCUGUGUCUGUAUCUCUCUCUCUGUAUCUCCCUCUCCCUCUGUAUCUCUCUCUCUCUGUGUCUGUAUCUCUCUCUCUCCGUCUCUCUCUGUCUGUCUGAAGAGGGUUCAGUCCAGCUCUACAUCCCUAGGUUUUAGAUGGGUUAGUCUGUUUCUGCACAGCACAGGUUUCUGUGGUCAAGACAUUGGAGCUGCUUGCUUGGUUCUGUGCACCGUGGAGCUUUCAUCGACACAGCAAAGCACAAUUAGGUUCUGUGGUUUCAUUUCGCAUUGGACUGGACUGAAGGUAAAACUGGAUUGGUUCUGUAAACUCACGGCACAGAUUCUGUUUUCUGUGGGUCUUGGCUCUGGCUGGUUCUUUUUGGGUUAAAUUGGACUGGACUAGCUUGGAGCAUCUGACUGGACCAUGAGCUCCGUUCCCUCUCAUCAACGCAGGUAAGCAGGAGUGAAGGCGAGGGAGAUUCUGGAGGAGAGAAAGAGUGAUGGAGAGGGGGAUGUGGAGAUGAAGGAAGAAUGACUUGAUAAAAAGAUAAUGUUUCUGUUGGAAAAAUAGAAGAGAUAUGGAGGCGACUGGGGUAGAGCGGGAAAAUGGUGUACGUGUGUGUGUAAAGCAAGGCUUGUUUAGACUGGGAUUAAUGUGUACCAUUCAUCUCAUCGAUGUUGUGACAUCCGCAGAGAAACAGACAGGAUAUCAAUUUACCUGGGGGCUGGACGAAAGAGGGGGGGUUGGGGUGAAGAGAAGUAGAUUGAACUGGACAUGAAAAGAGAGAGUUAUGCUCGCUUGUUAUGACCGUCAAAACCAAAACCGCCCGUCAUGUUGUCAUUUGUUGAUACAGUGAGAUCGGUUGUCAUAUGUACUCCAGCUGUGACUGCCUCGAUUAAUGGGACUGAGGGGGAAUGAAAUGAGAGGGAAAGAGAGAGGGGGGAAAAAGUAUUUGCAAAUAUGAGAGAAUUAUUUUAAGAGAAUGCAAAAGCAAUUGAAGAGAGAGAGAGAGGGGGAUAGAAAGGUGGACUGAGCUUCAGGUUGCUUAUAUUUCCUGGCUUGCGUUCCUGUUGGAUUACCUCUCUGAUCCGCAUGGCACUGUAAUCACACACACAAACACACACACACACACACACACACACACACAGUGCUCCAAUCAGGAUAAUUCCCAAAGGAGUAUCCAUGUAGCCUCGGGAAUGGAACACCAUAUGGAAUACUGCAUCUCUGUAAAGCCAUCACUGGAGUGACGUGUGUGUGUGUAUGUGUGUGUGUGUACUAGUUGUCAGUUAUGUGAGGGAGAGGCCUCUUUCUGAGAGGAAAAAAAGUGUCUGCUAAAUGAUUAAAAUGUAAGAGAAGAGAUGUCGAGAGGAGAUUGAGAUGAGGAAGGGGUAGAGAGAGAGAGAGAUGGGAGGGAAGAUAGUUGAGAGAAUGAUAGUGGGAGAGUUAGAGAAAGGAAUGAAGCAUUAUGGUAGAGAUUAAAAAGAGAUGGAGAGAGGAGUUAGAGGGGACGGUCAGACAGACUUAUUCCAGGUGUUUCUUUUGAAGUGGAAAUGAAAAGCAUCAGACUGUGCUGAGACACACACACACACACACACACGUCCAGGCUUGUUCUAAUAUGUUCCAGCAGGGCCCAGUCUUAAUGACCAUGUGUGUUCCAUGGGAAGAAUAAGUCCUGUACUGCAUCAUUCCCAGCCUGUAGAAUGUCUGUUUGUGUUGCAGUGCCAGUACGUCCAACGUGACCAAACUGGAGGAAAUGGAGCGUCUGUUGAGACAGGCUCAGGCAGAGAAGAAUCGCCUCAUAGAACACAAGGUAACAUACACACGUGCACAGACAAACAAACACACACACUGACAUCUAAAGUAAUGUGUGUGUUGUGUCUGGUGCAGGAGCAAGAAAUGGAGUCACGCAAACAGGCUCUGGAGGAAGAGAGGAGAAGGAGGGAGGAUCUAGAGAAACGACUGCAGGAGGAGACCAACCGACGACAGAAACUCAUCGACAGGGAGGUGAAACUACGGGAGAAACAGAGAGCACAGGUAAGAGAGAGAAAGGGCUAAACAACUAAACAAUAGGCAUACAUUUUCAUUUGACAUUUUAGUCAUUUAGCAGAUGCUCUUAUCCAGAGCGACUUACAGUUAGUGAGUGCAUAAUUUUUUUUUUCUUCAUACAAAACAGUAGCUCUCCAGGACUAAGAUUGGUGACCACUAGAGUAACCUUUAACCCCUGUCCCCACAGUCCCGUCCACUGACGCGCUACCUGCCAGUUCGUAAGGAUGACUUUGACCUGAGGGCCCAUAUAGAGUCAGCGGGCCACAGCGCUGACACCUGUUUCCACCUGUCCCUCACGGAGAAGACGUGCCGAGGAUUCCUGGUCAAGAUGGGGGGAAAGAUCAAGACCUGGAAGAAACGCUGGUUUGUCUUUGACCGCAACCGACGAACACUCUCCUACUUCUCAGGUAAAGACCGGACAGUGACCAUGGACUGGAGUGUGAGUAACACACACAACACAAAGUCAGAGUCUUCUGGUCUGCUUGUGUGUUUCUAACUUUUGUGUGUUUUGUCUCUGCUGCAGACAAGCAUGAGGCCAAGCUGAAAGGGGUCAUCUACUUCCAAGCAAUAGAGGAAGUUUACUAUGACCACUUAAAGAACGCACACAAGGUACCUACUCCUUUCUUGUGUGUGUGUGACACAUCCUUCUUUUAAAUGCUGAAUCCUUGUAGCCUGUAUCUAAUCCCUCUCCCCCUCUUUCUCUCCCCCCUCCAGAGUCCUAACCCGUGUCUGACGUUCAGUGUGAAGACUCAUGACAGGGUCUAUUACAUGGUGGCCCCCUCUCCUGAGGCCAUGAGGAUCUGGAUGGAUGUCAUCGUCACCGGGGCCGAGGGAUACACCCAGUUCAUGGUG